AUGGUGAGGCAACAUCAAAGAGCCUCCAAGGUUCAUGAGGAUAGAUACCCCUCGUGUCAUUCUGGUGUAAGCUUGGAGCAUCAAGGCAAGAAUGAGCUGGUGAAGCACGAUAUGUUGGAUCCGCCAAGAUAUCUUCGAAGAAACGAAGAUAUCCGCGGCAAGGCGCUGAGUUUUGGGGUUAUGGAUUGGAAAGAGUUAGAGAAAUGGAAAGAUUCUUGUUCUACUGCAGAUGGAGGAGCCAGAGGAGCGUCUUGUAGCUAUGCUUCAUCAUACGCUGGUUCAUCGGAAGCUGCUGCAAAUUCGUUGGAACUUGAUUUAUCAACCGGAGUUGUCAAAAGAUUGGAACUUGACUUGAAGCCCCAGGCACCAAGCGUCAGUUUAUUUACAGACUUGAGAAAUGUCAGUUCCUCACUUAGAUCACAAGAGUAUUUAGAUCACCAAUCUCCGAGUAGGAAGCAGAAACAAGAUCAAGAAUCUCUGAACAAGAAGAAUCUUGCAGAGAAAGAACAGAGCUGUCAGACAAAUCCAAGGUCAGAGACAGGUUCCAAGCUUUUAUUGUCUGAGGCAUCUAGAACAGUUGAAUGUCAAUAUAGAAGACAUGAUGUCCAAGGCGAGUGUUCAAGUCCUGUAAAUGCAACGGAGAGGAACGAGAAGAUCUCUGCUGAGAAACCAGGCUUGUUGUCGGAUCAAAACAUUCCAACUGUGACAUCCAAAAAGGGAAGACACGCUUCUCCCAACAAACGGUUUAGCUUCAGUUUCAGUCAGAUGGGAAGAAGUUUCAGCUCAAAAGAAAGCUCAUCCUCUGUUCAUGCCUUGUCUACCACGUCUCAUGCUUCACAUAAAUCAGGCCCCUUGACAUUCCACGACUCAGUCUACACCACAAAGCCUAAGAGUGGUCACAACAGAACAAGAUCAGGUCCUAUAUUGAAACCCAAGAAUUUCCCAUCGUUACAAGUGGCUUCAAAGCCUUCAAACCCUAAACCACAAACCGUGGAGAAGAAGCAACGCAGCUCAAGGUCUCACGCUCUCUUGCAAUUCACUUUGAGAAAAGGUAUCAAUCUGUUUCAGUUUGUGGUUGACGAUAACAGCAGUGACGUUCUUGCUGCCACCAUGAAGAGUUCAGAUUCUUCUAGAAGGUCUUACACAUUGUAUUCCGUCAAAGAAGUUAAAAACAAGAGUGGAGGAAACUGGUUAGGUCGUCACCACAAGAACGAAGAGAGAAACCAUCAUCCGUUCGUACAUACGAUCAUCGGCGAAAUGAAGACUAACUCGGAUUUAGCAAGACACAGAUCAGAAUCUGUUUUGUACGGUGUUGAGACAAAAGAUGAGCUUGCGGCAAUGGUUCAGACAAGAAACAGAGCUCAGAAGAAGAGCGAAACUAGUAUUAUAUUCCCGAGUGGAGCUCACACGCUGCCUAAAGACGGUGGUGAUGCACCUUUGCCGUUGAUUGAGCGGUGGAAAUCCGGUGGUGCAUGUGACUGCGGCGGCUGGGACAUCGGUUGCAAACUCCGUGUUCUCUCUAAUGAUCAUUCAAAGUCUCAAACUUUCUCAAGCUUUCAAUUGUUUGAUCAGGAAAGAGAAGAACCAGCAUUCAAAAUGGUGACACACGACGAUGAGCUCCACUCGGUUGAGUUUGGCUCAUCGAUCACUCUCUUGGAAGCGUUCUUCAUUUCGUUAGCAGUAAGCAGUCAUCAGAAUUGGUGUGAGGAGGAGGAGGAAGCAGUUUUGAACAGAGAUGGUCUGUUGAAGAGAGAAACAUCGUCGAGAUACGCAUCAAACCCACCGGUUUCUCCAAUUGGUCGGGUCUAA